CGUGAGGGUAGAAAUGGUCUGUGAGUAAUGUCGGUAGAUGAUGUCGGUGACUAUCUGCCAGCAGUGGAUGACUAUUGAUCCAUGGGUGGUUCAUUAUUGCGUCACGACUGAGUGUUUAUUGGGUCAUCAUUGGGCUAUUAUUACUUCAUUAGUGAUCCACCAGUGAACGCGUAAUCUGUUAAUGAUGCGCCAGCGCCUUGUUGCCAAGAAUUUCAAGAAUGAUGGAACCGCCAAGAAUCUCCUAAAAGAAUGAGAAUGGAGCGCAUGUAUCUGAAUGCUCUAGAUGAGACAAUGAAAGUCGUGGUCUGCUCUAUCUGUGGCAAGCAAAUAUCUAAAGGAGUCUGAGGAAUGCGAGGGGAUAAGGAGUGAGGGCCCCUCUCUGAUCGCUCUGCCAUGUUAGUACUUCUGGCCCAUUUUUUUUUACUCUUGCGCACCUUUUUCACACAUCAUACGGGCAUCAGUUUUUCUUCCAUGUGUCACGAGUCUCUCCAUCAUAAAUUUAUCUUCCUGGUAGCGUUUCUCUUUUUGCAUCAUUUUCCAAGCAUGUGGUUUGUCUUCAGGUGGAGCCUUUCUUCCAUUUCAGUGUAUGCUUUUUCUUCGCUCAACAUUUUGCGACCUCUCAGUGCUGGUUUUCUCAUGUCUCUCACUCUUAUCUCGUGUGUCCUCAUAUCGCUUCCCAUUUUCCGAUAGUAGUUGACAGCUAGGCACAUCAUGCAUCUAAUUUGAGAGACACCAAGAACAUGACGGCCAAUCCACUGCCUGCGUGUACAGUGGAUAUCCAGCCAGGACUUCUUUCAUACCUCUGGAAGAAUGAGAUGAAUCCUGAGGAGUUAAGGUCACGACAGUAGCGCCAUUUGGUUUCCCAUGAGUCCUUCAGUCAUACAAUGAUCGAAGCAAACUAUUCAGAUGGCAGCUAUUUUAUUCUAAUUAUGUAUGUGUUCGUGCGCUCUGGAGCCGGAUCAGCUGCGUGUGGCAGCUGCGUAACUAUCUCACUAUACUAGUUCGCUCGUCUAUAACUGCUAAACCUGGGCCAUUACUUUAGUUUACUCAGAAAAAUUAACGAUGUUGAUCAAGCCCCCCCUAUCGUCAAAAAAACCAAAUUAGUGGGUCGCUUGUGGGUUAUUUUUUUGAAGACUG